AUGGCCCCGACCACAGUGCCUCGUGUCCGCCGGACUGCGCAAAAUACUCAGUAUACGUAUACCCUUACUCGUCGCAUCCAUGCUGUCCAGACUUACCCUGUUCUCUCCCCCCAGGGCGCGACUAUCUUAAUAUAUGGCCACGAGAGUGGGAUUACAAUAGUAUGGCGUGGAGGACGGCGAUUUAAACCCGAAGUGUCUAAGGAAGCUGAGCGCGGCCCUGCAACUAAGCAGAAUGGCAAACCCCCUGCAGAUGCUGUUAUGAUCAUUGAUUCUGACGAUGAAGAUACUGCGCCCGCUGGCAAAGGAGUAUUGUUCGUUGAUGCACCGCAGUUCGAAGAAUCCCUCGACGAAGACGCGCCAUACCCCGAAAUCAUUCAAACCCUGGACCUUGAAUUCGGUACUGCCGUCUUUCAUCUUGCGGCAUUGCCCUUAACACCUUGCACAGCAGACGAUGCUUCAUGGGGAGGUACGGAUAUGUUGAAGGAUAGGAUAGUGUUCGCUGCCUCGUGUGCGACCCGCGAAGUCUUCCUCAUUACCUUGCCCCUUGUUCCACCCUCUCCCCUAAGCAAAGCCCGGGCUGAGCUACAAGAGACUCUCCUAGCUGGAAAAGCUGGUAAUGGUAAAUGGGGCGAGACUAUGACACUGCUAGCUGGUCAAAUAAAGGGCAGUGAUUCCUUAGCGAUGACGCUCGUUAGGCCAAAGACCGUAUCAGAACGUAGCAAGUCGAGCGAACGAUCGCGUUCCGAGUCUAGUGCGCUACCUCGCGUCGUAGUAGCCGCUCACUCUCCCGAGGCUACUGGCGCUCUACGACUAUGGGAUGUGCCCCUAGAGGAUUCAUCUAAAACAGGUCGACGGAUCGAGCCGUUCCAAACCGAGUUCCUACCUAAGCCCCUUACUUCUAUCUCCUUUAACCCUACUCACUCAACCCAACUUCUAUGCAAUGCGUCCCCUGAGGCCGUUAGGAUAUACGACUAUGCGCUUGCUUCGAUGCCUCCUGACGAUCUAUCUGAGGGACCAUUCCCUUCGCAAGGCUCUUGGCUCAUUUCGUUCUAUCCGCCUUUUGCCCGACCCUCUUCGUCGCGGAAACCGAUACUUGCGGCUUCGUGGAUUGCCCAUGGUCGUGCUAUUCUCGUUCUCCUUGCGGAUGGUCAAUGGGGCAUUUGGGAUAUCGAUGGUGUUUCCCCCCAAGGACCUGCCCUGUUUGGCAAGCCUGGGUCUGGUAUCCGCGGUGACGCAUUAACGGAAUUCAACGUCUCUGGAUAUGUUGAAGGUACAAGCCCUCUACGAAACCCUGCCUCCCAACGGGGUUCGAGCGGCAGUUCUGAUUUCGUACCUAUGACUCCUCACUCUAGACGUGACGCCCUCACAAUUUCCCACGGGCCCGAGCGUUUUGCACCAGUUAGGGGAGGCAUCGCGGUGACGCCACUACCAGCCAGUACAUCUACGACAGCUGACGAGAGCGUUGCCUUAUGGAUCGGAGGUGCUGAACACAUUUUUGUCAUACCCGGUGUUCUUAAGUUCUGGGAUGCACAAAUUCGCAAGGGUCCUGGCGGUGGCGUCAACCUCUUUAGUGGAGCGCAACCAACCCGUAUGGUGCGAUUAAAUGAUUUGAGCGUUGGACUAAUGGGUGAACGCUGCACCGGUGUUGGUGCCAUUGUUCGCUUUGUUGAGAACGGCAGCGCAAGCCUAUCUGGAAACGAAGGCUUGCCUGUCGAAUUAUUAGUAUGUGGUGAGGGAAGGAUUGUGAUUGUUAGGGAGAGCGAGACGGUUGUCGGCACUAAGAUUGGCGGAGUCAUCGGUCGUCGGAAGAGACCAAGCGACCGCGUAAAGGAGAAUAGCGCCAUCGUUGUCUAUCCUCGACCACAGCAGCUGGGUAGUGUUACUUACAAUCUCUCUGUCGGUCCUAAAAGAAAGCUCUCGAAACUUGGAAUGGAGGGUCUAUUUGGUGAAUCGCCUUCGAACGAUACUACGGCGCAAGGCCAAGCGGAGCAUAGAUCUUUACAAUUGCCAACGAGACCGAGAGGUGGAUUCGCCUUUGCGGACAGCUUGAGUGCUGCGGCCGACGUCGAGCAACAGGAACUAGAAGACGAAAGAGAUGUCGAGGUAGAAAUGCUGGAUAUAAUGGAAAUCGACCGCGAAUUGGAUGCUCUUGAUAACGGACGAGGCCGAGGCCGUAAGAAGGUUAUCUUCGACUCAUAA